UGCACUGGCUGUUCCUGCAGUUGCAGUUGCAGGUUUUGCACCUUUCUCUCUCUUGAGACACCAUAGCAGAAUAAUGGAGCUCCAAACCCGGAGCAAUAAUGGCGAAAAAGCAAACACAGAAGAAGACAUCGACAGCAACUGCUCCACUCCCUACGUAAGUGCCCCUUCCAGUCCAGGCCGGGGACCAGCCGGUGGUGGAGGCUUCUUCUACAGUGCUCCGGCGAGUCCAAUGCACUUCACCAUAACAGCAGCUUCCACUUACUCACCCUCUUCCUCUUCCUUUGAGAAAAACUCCUCUUCCUGCGAGUUUGAGUUCUCGGCCCGGUUCAGUUUGACGGGUUUUAAUGGUUCAGCUUCAAUGAGUUCGGCAGAUGAGUUGUUCCUCAACGGGCAGAUCCGACCAAUGAAACUUUCGACCCACUUGGAGCGUCCGCAGGUUCUGGCCCCCUUGCUGGAUCUGGAGGAAGAAGAGGAAGUAGAAAACGAAGAUGUUGAAGCGCGUGUACGAGGUAGAGAUCUGAGGUUGCGGGACAAGUCUCUCCGGAGAAGGACCAGAUCCCUGUCACCUCUGAGGAACACGCCUCUGGAGUGGACAGAAAACGAGGAUGUGGUGAAUGAGGUAAAAACAGACAAGAAGGAAAACGUGACUCCUUCAAGUGGAACAGGGAGGAGUUCCAAGAGAUGGGUUUUUUUGAGAGAUUUUCUCAGAAGUAAAAGCGAGGGAAGAAGUAACAACAAGUUCUGGUCCACUAUCUCCUUCUCCCCAGCCAAAGAUAAAAAGGCCCAAAACCAGGGUAAUGGGCCGCCAAAGUCCAAGAAGGUGACAGAAAAGCCCACUAACGGUGUCGUCGGAAAGAGGCGCUUACCGGCAUCACCCCAUGAGUUGCAUUACAAAGCUAACCGCGCCCAAGCGGAGGAGUUGAGAAGGAAAACAUUUUUGCCUUAUAGACAAGGCUUACUUGGGUGUUUGGGAUUUAGUUCCAAAGGAUAUGGUGCUAUGAGUGGCUUUGCCAGAGCCUUAAACCCUGUCUCUUCCAGGUAAACUUUCCUGUUCCUUUCAAUAUUUAUAUAUAAAAAAAAAGUUGUACAGAUAUCAUUAUUAUUUGUUCUUGUAUCGUUCUGGAAUGGCGUAGUUGAUUGUGGAAGUUUUGCGACCACCUCCUAUUGUUGUAUCUUACAUUCCACAAGAUGGAUGAAACUUGAGCUUUCUUCUAUCCAUGUGUUUGUAGAUGCUCAUAAACAGUGUACAAUAUUUCAUUGCUACUCACA